AAGAUUCAAAUAAUGUUGAUAGUGAAUCUUCUACUAAAGAAAAUGAGAAUAAUUCCUGUCAGCUUAAACUUGCUGAUGAUGAUGAACAAACAUCAUAUAGUAGUUAUCAAAAUAAUGUUUCAGCAUGUGAAUUUAUUGAAUUAAUUAGUUGUGUUAUAGAACAAGAAACUUUUCAAGAACUACAUAAUUCAGAUG